UUCUCGUCGCAUAUACUCCGUGAGGACAACAAUCAGCUGAUCAGUCCCUCGACAGCUAGAGUGACUUACAUGUGUAAUUAAAAAGCAUUUACAUGUGUGAUUAAGCCUCAAAAUGGGUUCAGCAGAAGGGGGAAGUGGGAGUGAGCGAUGGUGGGAAAGCCCCACACUCACACAGGCUGAUCUCCGCCAGUAUGGGGAAUCUUGGAGCUUGGCUGCAGAUGCUGCAACUGCCACAUUGCUUCAGAGUAUAUCACAGCGACUGGUGUCAAGAACUCAUGAAGUUGAAGGUGCUCUCAAGAAAGUGCUGGACGAGACGGACUCUGUAAUGACUGCAAUUUCCAACACCAAUAAUUCCUUUCACCAACUGGCCAAUACUCAGUUCAUUGAAAAUCGAACAUAUCAGGAUGAUGCUGAUGUAGCUAGGGAUGAACCAGACAAGCAGGAAAAGGUACCACCAACAGAGGAGGAAGUGAUUGCAAGAUGUAGGUCAGCCAUAGCUGAGGGUUUAUCUCUUGUGAGCAGGAGUUAUGAGCGGCAUGAAAUUCAGGACUCAGAUUCCGAUGAUGAAGAUAGCCCAAGCAGUCCUGUUCCUGUGUAUGCUCUCAUCAAUCCUUAUGAAGUAAAGCCAUUGCCACACAUCAUUGGCACAGCCAUGUUCAUGGAAGACGAUAAACUAGGAUUACAGGAGUCUUCCAGUGAUGACAGCUCCAAGGUUACAUUUAGUCCAGAGGACACAGACACAGAGGAAGACUUGGACAUGGAAGAUGAAACUGAUAUAAACCAGAAACACAAGCCAAUUCCAGCAAGCAGCUCAAGAUUAAUGGAUGAUAGUGAUUCAGACUGGUCAGAUGAGCCAGUCAGAACCUCAAAUAAAAACCCACAGCCACCAAACAUGACCAGUGAAGAUGACGACGAUGAUGAUGAUGAUUUCUUUGGACCAUCCUCUAAAAGCUUCAAGCAAGUUAACAAUGGAUCAAAUUUAUCUUCAGAGCUUAAUAAAAAGCUUCAAAGUGCCACAGCAACUUCUCAAAGAGUCAAUGAAAUGGAUUCAGACACUGAUGAAGACGGAGAUUUGUUUGGCUGUAGACCAGAACCUCUGGCAUCUUCAAAUAGCACAGUUCCUUCUUCAACAGCAUCUGUUUCCAAACCUCCAUCACUUGGGGUGGAAAAUGUGAGAGCCAUGCCAGAUCCUGCAGGUGUGCGGUUGCCAGCUGCAUCCGGCCGCCUAAAGAAGAGUGAGGGAAAUCUGUUUGCCAGUGACAGUGAUGAUGAAGGAGACUUGUUUGGACCAAAACCUCAGCCUUCUGGUAUGAUUAUAAAAUUCAGUGUUUUGGAGCACAAUCAGAUAUAGAUAGAUAGGGUACAGGAGAUAAAUAUUUAGGACUCUUAUUACUUAUAUGGGACAUUUUGAUUACUAGUAAUGACUUACUAUAGAUAUUGAUGUAGAUGGAUGGAUGGAUGGAUGCUUGGAUAGAUGGAUGGAUGGAUGGAAGGGUGGAUGGAUGGGUGGAUGGAUAGAUAAAUGGAUGGAUAGAUGGAUGCUUAG